AUGACUUACAGUUGUCAGAAGUAUCCCGUCUGCUUCAUGCUUUACUGUUCAUCAUCCCUCGCUGCUGUCAACAGUAUUUUUCUUCUAGUAAUUACAAGUGUCUAUGCGCCGCGAGUAAUUUGGUUUUUCAAUGUUGAGGAUGGCUCUUACCUUGCGGAGCUGCUUCUUUCGAAGGGUUACGAGGUGCACGGGAUAAUUCGUCGCUCGUCCUCCUUCAACACGGCGCGUAUCGAACACCUCUACUCAAAUCCGGUCUCUCACCGCGGCGACUCCAGUUUCACCCUUCACUAUGGGGACAUGACAGACUCCUCGUGCCUCAUCAAAUUGGUCAGUGAGAUCCAGCCAACAGAAGUGUACCACCUGGCUGCUCAAAGCCAUGUUAAGGUUUGCUUUUUUUUUGCAAAAAUGAUAUAA